UCAGUGUGCGAUAUGCAGCCAACUCGUCUACCAAGCAACCUUGCGCGCAGCAAUAGUGCAGUGAAAAAUACAAAAAUAACUAUUUAAAACUGUAAUUUGUUGUAAAAAACUAUUGCAUAAGUUAAAUUUAGUGCAUAAGCAUUCUAGCUAAAAUUGUACAUAUAGUUUAAAUCAGUAAACUCAAACAAUCAAAAACCCUCACAAGCCCCUGUGGUGGGUAGACAGAGACAGAGACAGCGAAGCAGAGCAAGCGGCAGAGGUCAUAUUAAAAAUAAGUAUAUUUUUGGCCCUCCUACAUAACAACAACAAGAAAAACUACCACAACAGAACACAGACCAACGCAAUCAAAGGAAGUACAACAUUUGGAGCCAUCUAACAAAAUGAUUUUGGAAAACUCGGAUAAGCUCAAAGAUUGGCUAAGCGUUGUGCUCGAGCCACUAUGCGAUGCUGACUCCUCGGCUUUGGCACGCUACGUAAUUGCGCUGCUGAAGAAAGACAAAUCGGAUAAGGAUCUCAAACGCAUCAUGAUUGAGCAGCUGGAUGUGUUUCUCUCCGAGGAGACGACACGUUUCGUCGAUCGCCUGUUUGAUGCCAUUGCCAGUGAGGAGUAUUUAACCAUGCCUGCUCCAAUGCCAGUGACAGCGGCGUCGUCUGCUGUUGUCGAGCUGGAUCUGGAUCAUGAUUUGGACGGUGUGGCCGAUAUUGAGGCUGUAUUGGCUGCAGCCUCGUCGCCGCCUCCACCCCCGCCAAAAGACAUUGUGAUAAAGCCCGAAGGCAAUCAGCAGCACCAACAACAACAAAUCAACAACGAAAGCAGCAGGGAACCCGCGUCCGAAUCGCAUUCACAGCCUUCGAUCCAACCCAGCGCCGGCAGCAGCAGUGCCUCGAUUGUCACAGAUGCAAAUACAGGAGGCACACACAGCACCAAGCCAGCCUUCGAUCACAAAACCAAAGACUCUCACAGCAGCAGUGGCAGCCAUCACCAGCAGCAGCAGCAACAGCUAACACAUCAUCACCAACAGAACAGCGUCGGCGGCAGCAGCAGCAGCGGUGGAGGAGCGGCUUUUGUGCGCAGCGCCAGUCCACCAAUCAGGAGCUCGGGAGGUGGUAGCGGCGCUGCUGGUAGUGGUGCCUAUGCAGCAGAUAAGGAGAAUCAACCGCGUGACAGCCGCCGCCGUCGCGCUUCCUUGCGUUCCCGCUCACGUUCCCGGUCACGAUCCAAUGAUCGCUCGUUUAGGCGAUCGCGCUCUCGGGAUCGUCGUAUCAGCGAGCGUGAGAAAAACCAACGUCAGUUUCGUAAUAAAUCACCGCCAGGUGGUGCCAGUGAACAGCGGCAUCGGCGAAACAACAACAACGGCAACAACAAUUUUGAUAGACGUCGCAUUGGGAGCAAUAACAAUAUGGAUGACCGCAGCCAGCGCUUUGGCGGCGGCAGUAAGGGACAGGGACGUCACUCACCGCGCAGUCGCUCCAAUUCCCCAGAGACGCGCAGCACUCGACGUGGCAACAACAUGGAAGCCGUGGCCUGCUCUUCUGGGUCGGCAGCAUCGGCGGCACCUGUGCCACCUCCCAUGGUGCAUCCAGUGGCUGCAAUGGCACGCCAACGUUGCCGCGACUUUGAUGAGAAGGGUUACUGUGUGCGGGGCGAGACGUGUCCCUGGGAUCAUGGCAUCAAUCCAGUUGUUUUUGAGGGCAUUAACAAUUCAGCCCUGAUGAUGUCCAUGCGCGAGUACAAUCCAGAUGCUCCAGAGAUUUGGGCACGUGGUGGUCCAGCCGGAGUGCCAGGAGUUGCUGCAGUCGGUGCUGGCAAUCAACAACAGCUGCCAGUUCCACCACAGCCGGGUCAGACAAACAUAAAUCCUUUCAGUGGCAAUGUACGCGCAUGUGCUCCCUUGGGCGUGCCCAAUCCAGCUGACUAUGCACGAAAUCCUGGCCAGCCACCAGUGCCCGGUCCACCGCCGAUGAUGCCAUUUCCCUUCAAUCCUACAGCUGUGACAACGCCACUCCAGCGUCAACUCAUACCCAUUCCCGUGAUGGAUGGCGGGGCUGGAGGUUGCGGUGGUGGCAUUGCCGCCGACAUGGGCAAACGACGCUUCGAGCUGGAGGAUAGCGUGGCCAUUGCUGAUGUGCCCAGCAAGAUGCGCAAGGUACCCAUCAACAGUCGUUUAGGGCCGCGUGUCAAUCCCAAUAUGCAACAGCACAAUAGCUCUCUGGAACUGCGCAAGGUGCCGCGUGGCUUGAACACCAUUGCCCAUCUGAACAAUCAUUUUGCCAAAUUUGGUAAAAUUGUCAACAUCCAAGUGUCAUACGAGGGCGAUCCUGAGGCGGCCAUUGUCACAUUCUCCACACAUGCGGAGGCGAACGUGGCAUAUAGAAGCACCGAGGCGGUGCUCAACAAUCGUUUUAUCAAAGUCUUUUGGCACAACGACAACAACAGCGGCACCAACAUGGGCAACAACAAUGUCAACGCCAACAACAGCAACGAUGGGGGAAAUGUGAAUAUGAAUCGCAAGAGUCAAUAUCAUUUGCAUAAUGUGCCCGCAAUGCCCACGCCCAAUGCAGAUAGCGCCAAAAUCAGCAACAACAACAACAACAACAAUGCAAAUCUGACCACGCCCCUCACCGAAACAGGCAGCACUAACAAUGCGACAACAGCGCCCACAUCGGAUCAAGCAAUGGCAAGCACAGCAGCGCCAGCCUCGAUGCGAUUGAAGCUGAAUGUGAAUGCCGCGAGCAAUGCAGCGGCGAAUGGCGCUGGACGUGGACUGACGCCAGCGGCAAAUGCGGCAAGCAUACGAAAGAAGCAGGAGGAGCAGCAGAAGGCGAUGCAUCAGCUGGCAAAUGGGCUGCGCAAGCGUAAACAGGAGUUGCUCCAAAGCUAUGUGAAGCAAAUGAAGACGGCACUGGAACUAGUCGAACGCAUGGAUCAGCAGGACGCACAGCGUGCGCCGACGCUGGAAACGAUCAAAGUGCUUCAGGCGACCAUUGAUAAGCUGCGCAAGGAUGUGCACGCCGAUCAGGAUCAGAUGCAGGCGCAAAUGCAACAGCAGCAGCAGCAACAACAACAACCACUGCCUGUCAAGAAAACCAAAGAGCAACAAAAGAAGGAGCUGCUCGAUAUGGAAUUGGAACUAAUUGCCCAGCAGCAGGAGGGUAAUGAUACCACAGCCAUACAGAAACGACUUGAGGAGCUGCAGCGCACGCUCUCCGCAACAGCCGGUGGUGGCAAUUUGUCUGGUGGUGGCGCAAAGCCUCUUGGUGGAGGUGCACGUAAACGUGCCACGUUUCCCGAAGGCUCCACCCGUGUUGAUAGGCGACCGAAAGCGAUUGUCGUCACUGGCUUUGCCGCCGAGGAAGCCGAUUUUGUGCUGGGUCACUUUAAGCAUUUCGGCGAGAUAUCCAAACACGAUGUUGACCGUGAAAUUCCACAAUUGAUACUCUCAUACGCUACACGCAUCAAUGCUGAGCAAGCUGUGCUCCGUGGAAAAAUGUACAAAGACAAGCGCCUACAGAUAUCCUGGGCACCCGUUGUGACGACGCCUGCAGCAGUUCCAAUGGGUGCACCGGCUGAUAAGAUGCCCAUUGCUGUUAUUUCACCUCUGAAUGCUGCUGAUGAUAAGAUGGAGAAUCCAAAGCAAUUGAUGCAGUCGGUAAGCGAGAGUGAGUCGAUGUUGGGCAGCGACACAUUGCCUGAGCUACGUCUGGAGGAUGAGGAAGAGGAUGAGGAGUCUGAGGAUCGUUCCUGGCGUCGUUGAUGCAACGCCCCGCGCACAUCCUAGUGGGUGGCAAGCUCCAUGUGGCUCAUAUUCGUUAGGAAAAGCAUUACUGUAUUUCUAUUUGUUGUUAUAUUCUUUACCUAAAACUCUGCACGUAUACAUUCAUAUACAAAAUAGAUGUGUAUGCAUGCAAGGGAAACAUCGUUAAUUGUAUACAAAAAAAAAAACAAAACGAAAACGCUAAUAUUAUGUACAAUAUUUUAAACUAAAUGGCAAACAGCAUCCCCAAAGCUCGCCUAUACCACAAAUUACACACAGGACAUUUAAAACUUUUGGUAGCUCUACUGCUAAUCCUAAUGGAAUAUAAUCUAUAAAGGUCUUAAAUUAAACGCUCUUACUAUUA